GAUGAAGGUCGCGCGCCCUCUUCCGCCCGUGUGCCGGUUCACAAAGACCCCUCUUCUAAGUGGGGUGGUACGCAUCGUCCUUUUGCGCAGGCGCGCGGUGUGAGGUCCACGCUCGCCUCUAUGCCGGCAGGGCACGUCUCGCGGGUCCGCGCCUUGUAUCGGCGCAUCUUGCUGCUGCACCGGGGUCUGCCCCCAGACCUUAAAGCCCUUGGUGACCAGUACGUGAAGGACGAGUUUAGGAGGCAUAAGACCGUUGGUUCUGACGAGGCCCAGCGUUUCUUGCAGGAAUGGGAGGUGUAUGCAUCAGUGCUAUGGCAACAAACUAAUGAAAACAGACAAAAUUCAACAGAAAGAGUGUGUUUUGGAGUUGCCCUACCAGAAGAAAAACUUAAUGACUUUCGUGAUGAACAGAUUGGACAGUUGCAGGAGCUGAUGCAAGAAGCUACUAAACCUAACAGACAAUUUAGUAUUCCUGAAUCUAGGAAACCGGAAUUUUAGUCUAUACAAUAAAGCUUACACAUUUUAAGUUCAGAACCCCUUACUGGGUUUCUAAAAAUGUAUUUCUUCAGCUUUUAGGCUUUGUGAAUGCCUGGUGUUCAUGAAAUAUUCUUUAAUUUGGGAUUGUUAUUAAUGUCGUCUACAAUGUGUAGAUCAAUAUGGCUAGUAAACAAAGCUUUAUAUGAUUGAAGUAACAGUACUUGCUGGAUGGGAUUUGAUUUUUUAAGUACAUAAGAAGGAAUGACUUUAAAAUGGACAAAGCUGUGGAAUUUUGCCAAAAGGUUUUUUUGUAUGUAAAUUUAAUGCUGUUCUUGUUCAACCAUUAGCCUCAUGGCUUUAGCUUCAACAGACAAGUAUGUUACGAUAAUGACAGAUGUGGAGUUCCAACAAGGUUAUUAUUUACAUACAUGGAUUGUCAUCCUGAAAGUGUCUUCCUUUCUCUUUUAAUAAUACAGGUAUGAUUAUUCAUGUAAAUAUGCCUUCUCCCUGAGUCACUAUUUAUAUACAAUGAAAGAUUAAAAAGAAGCUUAAAGAGUCAGUAUUAUACACUGUAUAAUCUAUCAUGCAAAUGAUAGUAUAAUGUUUGUACAGUGUUUGGUAGUAACAAAUGACCCCUUAAAUUAUGUAAUUUAUAGUUACCUUGAGAAUCUCAUUUAUUGCCUCAUCAUUGGGGAGAUAAAAACACUUUCAUAAAUUUGUCGUAAGUUAUAAACUGAAAUAAUCAAGUGGUAAUCCCAUUCAUGUGUUUAAAAUGUUUAAUUUUUUAAAAAUUACACACUUGUGGGGCGCCUGGGUGGGUCAGUCAGUUAAGUGUCCAACUUUGGCUCAGGUUAUGAUUUCACGGUUCAUGGGUUCGGGCCCUGUGUCACACUCUGUGCUGACAGCUCGGAGCCUGGAUUGUGUCCCUCUUUCUCUGCCCCCCACCCCCCACCCCUUGCUCACACUCUAUCUCUGUCUCUCAUAAAUAAGUGUUUUAAAAAGUAAAUUAAAAUUACACACUUGUAACUUUAGUUUUGUAUGUCUCCUUUGAGAUUCUGAAAUGAUCAUUUUUCAGAUGCUAUUGCAUUUAUUCAGCUAUUUAAAAAUUGACUCAUACUUACUCUCUUUUGCUGGAUUGGGCUUUUUCUUUGUGUAUGGCUGCCAGACUACUCAGUCCUUUUUAAUAUUCCUCAUUGAAUCAGUCUGGAGGUUGAUGCUUGUCUUUUUUCAUUGAAAGAUAGGUGGUCAAUCAGUAAUGAAUCUAGGCUCUACAUUGUAGCCUCUAGGAAUAAGAAAUGAAUAAGAUAAAAGCUCUUGCCCUCCAGGAGUUUAAAAUCUAGCUGUGCUAGAACCACAGCUUAGGAACCAUUUCAUCAUGAACAAAUAUAUCACAUCCUCAAACUCUUUCAAUCUUUUUUUGUCUUCCUAGCUUAUAGAAUCUAAUACCCAUAAGGACACUGCUUCUCUGUGUUUUGUGAAGUGAGGGUUAUGGGUCAUUUUACAUUCACUGUAAUGUAUAAUCCCCUCCUAAUGUCUCUUUCAACCCACCACUGGGCUACCCUCACAUAAGAAUUCUUUUUCAUUUGUAGUGUUUUCUUUCUGGUUAUACUUCCCUAUUCAUUUUCUUUGGCAACUGGCUCAUACUUCUCCAUCUCAAGUUUUGCUAUCAUUUUGGUGACCUUAACACUAUAAUCCGUAUGGCUGACAUAUCUAGUACCUAAUUGGUCUCUGAUGGUUCAUUAUUCACCACCCAUAAAAAAUUUUUGGGAAAUCACAGCCAUAUUUAUUGGCCAUCACACAAAUUACUACCUUGAGGUAUUUCACAGUUUUACUAAUAUAUUGCAACAUUCUUUUGGGUGACAUAUAUUUGAGAAGCUGUGCUCUUAGUGAUUGCUGUGGUAAAAUUAUCACAAACUAGUAAAAUGCUCAAUAUGAGUACAAAGUUUGAAAAGCUGUGUUGUGUCUAGUAGGUGCUAAAUUUUUAGGGCAUAAAACCUAAGUUGUUUGGACUAUGUAAUAAAUGAAACUGCAGUGUU